AUGUCCACCGUCACCCAACAACAACAGCAGAAGUCGAGAAGGCGAAAAGGCUCCCUUAGGAAGGUUGCCCUGCUCGGAAGAGGCGCGCAGCGGGAGCGCAGAGAAGCGAAACAACUUACAAUCGAUACGUCCCACACAAUCUCUCGGGAGAAAGAAGGGGCGAGGACGUAUCCCACCAUGAUGAACACCAUCGCUAAUACGACGACGACGACGAAGACGACACUCGAACAUGACCCUCUCGGCCUGAACAUCUCGGACCUGACACCCCGUCCCUCUAUGGAUGGGUAUGCAAGCAGGUCGAGUCUCGUCCAGUCCCCUGUCUCUUCAACGAGUCCAUCUCAAGCGAACGACACUGAGUCGACAAUUACAAGCCCUACAAUAUCAUACACGUCUACUACGGACGAAGACGACGUGCUCCACAUACAAAACCACGUUCCGCCGCCUCUUAGGCCGGACUUGUCUCUGUCGUCAGGGUCCGAGUCGUACUUUGCCAACCGGAGACGGAGGUCCAUCUUGCAGGCCAAGUCGCCGCUCUCGUACAGCGGGUUGUCGAGCACGCCACUGCCGCCUACCGACGCGGACUGGGACUACUCGGAGACGGAAUGGUGGGGCUGGGUCGUCCUGAUCGUGACGUGGAUCGUGUUUGUGAUUGGAAUGGGAUCUGUUCUUGGGAUCUGGAGCUGGGCGUGGGAUGUUGGGACGACUCCGUACGCGCCUCCAGAGCUCGAAGACGACCCAACGCUGCCUAUCGUUGGCUACUAUCCCGCCCUCAUCAUCCUCACAAGCAUCAUGGCGUGGGUGUGGGUAGUGGUAGCUUGGGUUGGAAUGAAAUAUUUCCGCCAUGCCAAAAUCAGUGGGGACUGA